AUGCCGCUACAGGCCGUAACGUAUUUCUGUUUAUGCAUUUUGAAACUAGAGUACCCGGUGUUUUGUAAAACAGAAAAGGAAAAAGUUUCAUGGAAAUUGGAAUUUACGAAGAACUCAGAAUUUCACAGAACAAAGAUUUCAGGACAGGUUGGAGAAGUUGGAGAACUAUCAGAAAUUUUUCAAUGGAGAGGAGAGGUAAAGUCAGGAAUUCGAGACUGGUCAGAUGAAGACAAAGUCCACCUUGGACAAGAACUUAGUGAUGUCCUCAUCUAUCUCAUACGCCUUGCACAGAAGUGCCACAUUGACUUACCAACUGCUGCGCUUGAUAAGAUAGCCCUUAAUGCCCACAAGUAUCCAGCGGCCGUGGUCAAAGGUUCCAGCAAGAAAUAUCUGAAGUACGACAGCUCCAAGAAUGUUGAGGAUAAGAGAUGAUAGAGUAAUGCUGCUGUAGGUUCAUGGUAAUAAAGAGCUUUAGUUUUGGAUGAUGGAUUCUUCUAUGGUGAUUGAUAAGUAUGCCUGUGCUGUCAGAUCUUAAAGUGUUUCAGCCCUGCAAAUAAAUCGUCUUGUUUUUAGGACAGGACAUAAUCCCAGGGACAUACUGAAAAUGAUCACAUGACCAACACUCUAUUGUCAUGCUGUUGUUUUCAGGACAACGCUAAUUCACUUCCCAAGCAGUAAACUGGUAAAUUGAUGAAACUUCAGAAUUGUUCAGUCAUCAAUUAAUUGUCAUAAAACCAUCUGUUGUCAUGUGAAAUGAAAGCUCCUUAAUAUCUUAUUGAACAUUUUUUUAUAUUCAAAAGUCACAAUGAUUCAGUGGAAUGGCAGAAGUGUCACAGCAAGGAUGAGGUUCCUGGUUUUAGAAACCAUAAUGAAUGUCCUGGUGUCCUUUUGGUGUUAUAACCUUCUUACGAUGUCUUUCAGAGAGAACCUAGAUCUUUCGAUCCUUGUAUUAUUAUUUCAAUUUAAGAGCACAUAUAUUCAUUUUUAGCCUGCCUAUUAGCAGUAUGAUAAAACAUAUCCCUAAAAACUGUAUUUUAUCUAGACCCCAGGACUCUCCUAACAUAACUGAAGUUUGGGGUGUGCAGGUGGACCACUACACAUGGUUUUCACCUAAAAAGCAAAGGUAGUGACGCUUCUCUACACAGGACCUCCAUUUAACAUCCUGUCUGAGGAAUAACAUGGGAUAACAUUUGUAGAUUUAAAGGAUAACUCAUGUUGAUGCUCCAGAAUUUUAUAUGAUAUAUGAGGUGAGGAACACUUUCAAAAAGAUUCUCGGGUUACUACACAAGUAGUAAUAAUUUAAGUUUUAUCUUCUUUAAAUAACUGUCUCAUUGUUUUGUUGUGAAUUUUUAAAAACAUAUUUUGUUGCUUAAAAAUGAUGUUGACAUGUGUGUUAUAGUUUGUAAGAAAACUAAGAACAAAUCUAAUGCCCAACAUUGCAAUAUACAUUGGAAGCAUUUGAUAAUAUUGAAAACCAUCUGAGCUAUGGAUGAAAAUGCAACAAAAUGAUUGAUUCCUGUAACAGCCAUUUUGAAUAUUUCUCCUGAGAAUGAAAAUGACAAACCUCUUUAUUUCAUUCUCUUUAUGUUAUUUGUUCAGAUAUGUUUUUAUCAAUAUAAAACUUAGUAUGCAUGACAUGUAUUUCAUCUUGAUUUUGAAAAGGCUUAAGGUGUUAAUUUUAUGUUCACAAUUUUUAUACGCCCGUCUAGACGGGACGUAUUAUGGUAUCACACUCGGUGUCCGUUCGUCCGUCCGUCUGUCUGUCCAUUAACUUUUCCUUGUAAACGCGAUAACUUCAGUUUAACUUAACCUAGGCUCAUAUAAUUUGGUAUGUAUAAUACUAGCAUAGAUCCUAGGAAGCCUAUCGAUUUUGAGGUCAAAAGGUCAAAGGUCAAGGUCACAGUGACAUGUUUUCAUCUUACCCUUCUGCAGUCCUUGUAAGCGUGAUAACUUCAGUUUAACUUAUUCUAGGCUCAUAUAAUUUGAUGUGUAUAAUACUAGCAUAGAUCCAAGGAAGCAUAUUGAUUUUGAGGUCCAAAGGUCAAGGUCACAGUGACAUGUUUUCAUCUUACCCUUCUGCAAUCCUUGUAAAUGCGAUAAAUUCAGUUUAACCUAACCUAGGCUCAUAUAAUUUGGUAUGUAUAAUACUGGCAUGGAUCCCAGGAAGCCAGGUCAAGGUCACACUGACAUGUUUUCAUCUUGCCCUUCUGCAGUCCUUGUAAAUGCGAUAACUUUAGUUUAAGUCAACCUAGGCUCAUAUAAUUUGGUGUGUAUGAUACUUGCAGGGAUCCCAAGAAGCCUAUUGAUUUUGAGGUCAAUGGUCAUGGUCACAGUGACAUAUUUUCAUCUUACCCUACUGCAGUCCUUGUAAAUGUGAUAACUUCAGUUUAACUUUAACCUAGUCUCAUAUAAUUUGGUGUGUAUGAUACUAGCAUAGAUCCCAGGAAACCUAUUGAUUUCGAGGUCAAAAGGUCAAAGGUCAAGAUCACAGUGACAUGUUUUUAUCUUACCCUUCUGAAGUCCUUGUUAACGCGGUAACUUUAGGUUAACUUAACCUAGACGCAUAUAAUUUGGUGUGUAUAAUACUAGCAUUGAUCCCAGCAAUUCUAUUGAUUUUGAUUGAGGUCAGAAGGUCAAAGGUGAAGUCGCAGCCUUCCACUUUUCUUGCUUGACCAAUAACUCAAUUUUCCGUGUUACAGGCGGGCGUAUUUUGUGCUCGCCUUAGCGACACUCUUGUUUAACUUUGUCUCUUAUUUAUAUUAUUACUUACUCAAUUUAAAUUAGUAAAUGUGUUGACUAAUCUUGUUCUUUCCCUUUUUUAUACCAAAUCAUUUCAAAGAAUAAAAAACAUUGGCCCAGAUUUCAGUGUAUUUACUUUUCUAUGUGGUCCAUUGGAUUGGUGUCAUGACUUAUAAAUCGGAUGUUAUAUGCACUAUCGUGGCAUCUUCUCAAGCCAAAAUGAGUACUGCAAUAACUGACCCGCAUUUCUGCUGGUUAAGUGUCAGUCAUUCCUUCACAAUUAGUGUCUUCAGGGCUCUCCUUUGGCAUGGAAUGAUUUCGUUUAGAAGUGAUGUGAGCCAUGUGCCCCAUUGCAUAAAACUGUAGUAAACUCUGACAUAUCUGAUAACUUUUAUAGUGAGUAAUGCCACAAAUAUCUGGCUCAGAUUAGUUUAUUGUGUUCCUGUUGAUGGUAUUGGUAACAUAUGCAUGAUAUUAAUGUGUAUACCUUUGUUUAGUUCCAUUUGAUUUUCACUACAAGUUUAUUCUUUAAUAUUAUGUAUGGUAUGCCAUUUCUCUCAGUACUUAAUCCAUUUUGCAUAAAAUGACAACUCAGCUUAAGUAUGAUAUUGAAUUAUGUUAAUGAUGAUAAUGAUUAGUGUGAUGUGUAUGGAUAUGACAGAGUAGAUGACUGCGACUACUUCUACUACCACCACCAUUUCUAUUUUUCUACUUUUACCAUUGCUACAGCUACUGCUGCUGCUACUACUACUGCUACUACUACAUCUACUACUACUACUACUACUACUACUACAUCUACUACUACUACUACUACUACUUCUACUUCUUCAUCUUCUUUCUUCUUCAUCUUCUCCUUCUUUUUCUUCUUAUUCUUCUUCUCCUCUUCUCCUUCUCCUUCUUCUUCUUCCUUUUCCUCUUCCUCUACUACUACUACUUCUACUACUACUACUACUACUACUACUACUACUACUACUACUACUACUACUACUACUACUGCUACUAAUACUGCUACUACUACUUCUACUACUACUACUACUACUACUACUACUACUACUACUACUACUACUACUACUACUACUACUACUACUACUACUACUGCUACUACUACUUCUACUACUACUACUACUACUACUACUACUACGUAUACUACUACUACUAUUACUACUACUACUACUACUACUACUACGUAUACUACUACGUAUACUACUACUACUACUACUACUACUACUAUAACUACUACUACUACUACUAAUGCUACUACUACUACGACUACUACUACUACUACGACUACUACGACUACUACUACUACUACCACUACUACCACUACUACUACUAUAACUACUACUACUACUACUAAUGCUACUACUACUACUACUACGACUUCUACUACUACUACUACUUCUUCCUCUCCUCCUCUUCUUCUUAUUCUUAUUCUCCUUUUAUGAUAAUAUUAAUAUUUCAGAUGUUUUUUCAGGUUCAUUUCUCCCUCUGAUUAUUACCCAAGUCUUGAAAUGCUCAAGCAAUGAAAUCUUAAAUGAUUUUUUUACACAUUGUAUUUCACAUUAAUUGAAUGAUUCAUGAAUGCUUUUGAAAUAUACUUAUAUUUUGGUUACAUGACAUGGUGACUCUAGUAUGAUUUGUUUUAUUGUUUGUUAUUUUGUGUGCAAACAUUACGAGAUGCUCAAAAUAUAUGCAAUCUAACUUCAUACCAGAUGGCCUGUCACACACUUCCUUUGAGUAAACAAUUUUCGCCAUCCGGCGUUUGGUGGUAACGUUCAAUUUACAUGUGUGUUGAAUCGACACACUGGGGUAGCACUAUGCUUCUUAACCCUAAUUCUCCCGGGGGGGGGGCCAUAAUGGCCCCCCCUCGACAAUUUUCGCGAUAUAUCCGCUGCGCAAAUUUUUUUUACCUCGCCGCUCACUGACUUUUUACUUUCAAGUCUCGCGCAAAUUUUGAGACCAAAUUUGUGACGCCCGGAUACGCGGUUACGACAUUACGCAACAUUAUGUAAGUGCAUGUCAGACCCAAAAUUGCUCAUAAACGUGAUUUCAUGUACAAAUCCAAUGCAAAUUGUGUAUUUAGCCAAAAUUCAUAAAUGUAUCAUUAUUUCUACUUUUACUGAUUGAAUUUAAUUAAUUUUGCCUUGCUUAUGAUCAGAAUUAAGUCUGGAACGA